AUGGCAUUAGAACGCGACGAACUUGAAAUGAGACGGGAAGAGCGUAAAAGGAGGGCUGAGAGGGAAGAUAAAGCGUUUGAAGUAGAAUUGGAACGAGAGAAAUAUCAGAUCUAUGUAGCUAAGCAGAGAGUACCAAAGCCUAUAAAGGUGCGAGAAAUGAGAGAAAAUGAGGAUAUAGAUGAUUAUUUUCGAAUUUUUGAGAUGACUGCUAAGGCCCAGUUAAUUUCGCAAGACGAGUGGCUAGGUAGUUUAAUCCCCGUUUAAGUGAAAAAGCGAAGUCUAUAUAUUUAGAAAUUGUUGGUCCAGAUGCUCAGGAUUAUAAUAAAAGUAAGGCUAUUAUAUUAAGAGCAUAUCAGCUUAAUGUUGACCAUUAUAGAUAUCGAUUUCGCCAUUCAGAAAAAAAGGCUGGCGAAGAUUUUGGCCAGUGGGAUCACAGAACCCGUAGAUACUUGAACCGAUGGAUGACUGUGGCAGAGGCCAUAGACAACCGAGAAAAAAUAUUAGAACAAAUUGUUAUAGAACGAUUGUUAGAUGGGGUUGGCCCUGAGUUACAAGUAUGGUUGAAAGAGAGAAAGCCCAAUACCGCAGAGGAACUGGCAAAUUUAGCGAAUGAUUAUGUACAAAGUAGAAAGGGACCCUUAAUUGAUGGUAAAUAUGUUAGUGCCAAAAGAAAUGAUAAUAAGCCUAGGAAUGAUGAUUUUUGCAAAAUGAGAGAUAAAGUUUACGAAAAUAAUAAGGGAAAUCCAGAUAAGCCAGACUUUGGGAAAUUUCGAGAUAAAUUGGAUAAGUCAAAAGUUAAGUGCUUUAAUUGUCAAGAGAAAGGUCAUUAUGCGCAUGAGUGCCGAAAGAAAAACAAACAAAAUGCCGCAUUUUUAGGCAAGGGAUAUAAUACCCUUGGAAGUUACAUAGUAGGGAAUUUAAACGGGAACAAAGUCCAAAUGAUAAUCGAUUCUGGUUGUUCAAGGACUUUGGUGCAUGAAAACCUUGUUAGUAAAUUUAAAUUAGUAAAAAUAGUUUUACUGGUGAAAAUAUUACAGUUAUCACUGCAAAUGGUGAUAGAGUCGAAGUCGCUUUAGCAUGGGUAACCAUAAGUAGUGAACAAGGGAUACAUCGAGAAUUAGUGGGGGUUAUGAGAAAUCUCCGUGUAGAUUGUUUACUUGGGCGUUCGUCCUAUGGCAACUCUUUAGCCAAGAAAAAUUUGCUUGAUCAUUGGGUGCAAGCUGUCGACUUAAAUAUAGAACCGACAGUGGUGUAUAGUGACAAGAAUAAGUCCGCUUUAGUUGUAACCCGAAGACAAGCAGCGCUUGUGAAAGCUCAAACUAGAUUGGAUAAGUUGACAGAUAAACAAAAUGAAUUAGCUAUUAAGACUCUAAGCCCUAAGGAACCCACAAAAGAUGAAUUAUCUGAGACUAUCGAUUUAUUUGGUGAAGAUAAUAAUAUUAUAACGGAACCUGAUCCCGAGAAAGUAUGCGUAAAAGAACCGGUUGCAGAUAUAGACUCCUCUGAAAAUGGCUGUCAAUUAGAAACAAAUAUUUUAGACCGUAGUCAGUCACAAUUGAUUAAUGAUCAAAAGAAAGAUGUUACUUUACAUAAUUUAACUAUUUUAAAUGUACCACCGGAAGAUACAGAUGGUUAUUAGUAGUAAUAUAGAGGCCGUUCAACCCCCAUUUUUGAGGGUGCGUAAGGGUGCGCUAAUUAAUAUUCAUACAAAUAAGGGUGCGUAAGGAUGUUGAGGGUGCGCUAAUUAAUACUCGUACAAAUGAGGGUGCGUAAUGACGUCACUCAUUAACAUACGUCAUAAUUAUAUGCAAUGACGUCACGCGGGCGAGCUUGAACACGAUCGGGCGAGACUUGCUGACUACGCAUUUUUUAGCAUCCCCCCACGUGUGUGAUACAACAGGGAUUAAUGUUGGCUUACUAUGAUUGGUUGUUUGAUUUAAUGAGUGUCUGUAAAAAAUCGACAAGCGUCUUGUAACAAGCAUCGUCUAUAUUUUGACAACGCUCUUACUGGAGGUCUUUUGGCAAGCUGCUGAAAUUUUCAGUCGAGAUGGAGCAAGCAAAGUGGGAAGAGGUUGUUUCUUCGUGGAUGAGUGCUAAAUCGUUUGAAUUGAGUACAGAGUAUGAGAAUGGGGUUGGUUUACCUAUUGAAAAGGCAAAAUGACAAAUUACAGAUUUGGAAAACAUUUUGAUUGAAAAGGGUUUGGUACCGAAAUUUAUUCGUGGAGACGAUGCCCUGUAUGAUAUAUUGUUGCGUCAAAUGCAAUCACAAUUGAUUCUGAGUGUUGGUGUUCCUAAACGAGUGCAGGGCCCUACCUUUACAUAUUUGUCGAACUGUAAGCAGAUGCUUGUGGGUGAGAUAUUUGCAGAUAUGACAAAAAGGAAGGAAAAAUUCGAGAAGAAAACAGGUGUUAGCUUGGACAACUAUUACAGAUUGGCUGCGAGCGAAGUCGAGAAUGGGAAGAAAAGGAAAAAAAUGUCUGAUUCGAAUGGAAGCAACAAGGCCCUCGGAUGA